AUGGGUGAAGCUCUAUUCGAUCUCGAAAGAAUUCUCCGAUCCAGACAGGAGAAAUUGACAAGUCAAGAAACUAAUAUACUCUUGGCAUGUAAGGCUCAAGCUAUGAGAGAUUUCACUAUUGGCUUUGGUGGUGGUUCUGUCACUACUUGGCUAGCUACCCAAAGGCUAAGUAAUCUAGUUCGCUUUAACCUUACACUGGGAGUUGCUGCUAUUUCUGGAUUAUGGAAAUUUGGUAGAUCACUUGAUUCUUGCGUUGAACAUAUUCUUUCCUUGGAGGGGAGUCGGAUGCAAAGGGAGUUGGCAAAUGUAAUGUUGAAAAAGUAUCACAGGGAUCCAUUGGUGAUGGAACGUCUCUCUAAACAUUUCUACUCAGAGGAAGUUUAUGAUGACUUGUCAGCAGAACAGCCAAAAGUUAGGUGGCGUUUCCGAAACUAUUUUGGAGAUAAUGUUGCACAUUCUCAAACUACAUCCAAUAGUGAGGAAACCGAUUUAAUGAAAAAUAAUAUCAAGAAGGCUAGUAGGGAGGCCCCAAAAAAUUACAUGAAUGCUGCUGGUGAUGUUAUGGCAAAUCCAUUUGAUUGCAUUUUUGGGCUUCCUGAAAGUAUAGAGGAGGUACCUCGCCCUAACACGUCCAACACAUUAUCCAGAAGACAGAGACGCGUCUGGAAACGAUCUCACCGCGGGCAUAGGAAGCUUCAUCCAGAGGCAUCCGCUAUGAUAUAUAGAAGUGUCUGUUGGUAUUGCAGCUAUGGCAAUGAUUGUGAUGCAGUAACUGCUAAGCAGCCUAAAUGGCAUGUGUGCAUAGUUAUUAAACCUCAUACUGGACCAGCCAGUUUAAAUUUAACCGGAAAUGUGGUGACGCAGAGGAUGGCAGGAGGCAACGCUCCCAAACCCCCUCCUUCCUCCUCCUCAUCCGCACAAUCCCACCACAACAAAUCACGGUGGGUAUCUUCGUCCUCCGCCGCGGCCACAGAUCAUAAACCCUCCGGUUCCGCCUCUAACUCCAUCGCUGAAUCCAAAUCCAAGUCCAAACCCUCACCCAACUCCGGUAAAGACAAAACACCCACCACUACCAUCACCACCCCAAACAAAAGUAAAGAGGCCAAUUAUAAACCCCCUACCCCGAAACCCAAACCCAAAUCCGAAAUCCCACUUAGACCCGAAAACCCGAAUGCCCAUUUAGGUCCACCGCCCGUGAUCCCAUUCCCGGACCAGCCCCCUCCUCCGGCUUAUGGUUUCCACAUGCUUGAUCGUCGGACUAUAGUCCUCGCGGAUGGCUCCGUCCGCUCAUACUUCGCGUUGCCGCCUGAUUAUGCCCACUUUACGCCCAUGCCAAGGCCUGGAUUCCGGCGCGAAUUUCGUGGCCCUCCAGAUUUUGGGCUUGAUAGGCCUCAUUUCCCAAUGAGUCCUGAUUUCCUGCCCGAGUUCAGGCCGGAAUUUCGUGGCGCCGAUGACCCCCUCGCAGGUACCAUGAAUCAAGAAUAUUGGAAUUCACUGGGCCCAGGGCCUGAGAGUUCUCUGAAGAGGAAGUUUGGGGAAGAGGAGAGGAGAGGACAUGAUGCGUUUGAGAGACAACCCCAAAAUGCUUUGCAGUACAGAAUUGCCAGUUCAAAUGCUAAUGGUCCUGGCCCGAGUGGACUGUAUAAUUUGGGGAGAGGUGAGGAGAUGAGACCUACUAAGUAUAUGAAGACAGGUGAGGUGAGUGUCGAUAAGCUUAAACACAAUGACGUUGAUCAGAAUUCGUUAAGGAAAGCAUUUUCGCAUUUUGUGAAGUUAAUUUAUGAGAAUGCGAAUCAGAAAAGGAAUUACCUGGCUGAUGGAAAGCAAGGGCCUCUCCAGUGUCUUGCCUGUGGCAGGACUUUAAAAGAUUUUCCAGAUAUGCAUGGUCUUAUCAUGCAUACGUACAACUCAGAUUCUGGAAACUUGCUUGUGGAUCACUUGGGCUUUCACAAAGCUUUGUGUAUUCUGAUGGGCUGGAACUAUUUGAUGCCUCCUGAUAACUCAAAAGCAUAUCAGAUGUUAUCUGCUGACGAGGCAGUAGCAAACCAGGAUGAUCUGAUUUUGUGGCCGCCUUCUGUAUUAAUUCAUAAUACACUCACGGGAAAAGGUAGAGAUGGGCGCAUGGAAGGUAUAGGAAACAGGCCAAUGGAUAGUAUUCUUGGAGAUUUGGGAUUUAGUAGCGGCAAGUCGAUGUCCUUGUUUUCAAGGGAAGGCCAUUUGGGCAUUCAUGUGGUGAAGUUCCCUGGUGGUGCAAAAGGUCUGAAGGAGGCGCUGCGGCUGGCUGAACAUUUCGAAAAACAGAAUCGAGGGCGAAAAGAUUGGGCCCGCGUGCAGUCCUCCCCGACAUUUAACAAGGAAGAUGAUAACAAUUCAAACCUUGUGAAAUUGGAUGCUACGACUGGAGAGAAAAGGAGAAUCUUUUAUGGGCAUCUAGCCACUAUUUCUGAUCUUGACAAGGUUACUUUUGAGAUCAAGAAGAAGGUAACAAUCGAGAGCAGAAGGGAUUACAAGAAGCAUUCCAAGUAG